AUGACAAACAAAGCUGCUGUGUUGCUGGUGCUUGUAGGGCUUAUCAGCUGUAAUAUUUGAUUAUUAUAUUAAGUUACAAGUACCUCUUUGAUUAACGUACAAUCAUUAGCAUAGAUUGACGUAGAGUCAUACGGUUGUGAUAAAUCAAAGCUGUAUGAUGCUGAAGAAGGCCUAAAAAAACUGGGUGAGGCACUAACUUUUGCUUAGACCGGAAGAUUAGAUUAAGAUAUUAAAGAAUUAAGAGAAUUACAAAUGUUAGCAAAGAAAGGAAUUGAAGAAUAAGUCCAGGUUUCAUUUGUAUAAGUUCAUAAUUUACAAUACCUUUAUAUGUUAAAACAUAAAUUUGAUUCCUUGGCCCUUAUAGAAAUGCCAAACUCAUUUGCUCGUCCUCACAUAGAUGGGAUGAAAUCAUAAAUUAAUUUAGUAUUGGCAGCUACUGACACUUAAACUAGAAAAGCUUGCUGCGAGAUGUUGUUUAAAAUGAUAGAAGUUUUACUCUUAGAUUUACUUGAAUUAGAAGAAGAAUGCUAGAAACCAAUUACUAUUAAUAUUGAGGGAGAAAUAAGAAAGAUUUAAAUCAUCAGAGGAUAAUGUGAUAAUACCCCUACACCAAUAAUUCCUGUUGAUCCUAAGCCAAUCUAACCUGAACCUGAGGAUCCAUUUCGACCUAUUAUCCAUCCUCCUAAACCAAAAGAACCAUCCCCAAAACCACCAAAAGAACCAUCUCCUAAACCUCCAAAAGAACCAUCACCUAAACCACCAAAGGAACCAUCUCCUAAACCACCUAAAGAGCCUUCACCUAAACCAAAGGAGCCAUCUCCUAAACCACCAAAAGAACCAUCCCCUAAACCACCUAAAGAACCAUCACCUAAACCACCUAAAGAACCAUCUCCUAAACCACCUAAAGAACCAUCUCCUAAACCAAAGGAGCCAUCCCCCAAACCACCUCCUAAACCAAAGUCUCCAAGUCCAACGCCUUUAGUCGUUAUUGAUUGUGUGAAAGGUGCUAAUGUUGUUGGUGAUAUGAGUGCUAGUUCAGAUUAAGCUGUUGCUGAUUCAGUCAUUGAAGGUAAAGAUCUUGCUGGAUCUACCGAUUAUGGUUAUGGUUUCUGGUUAAGAUGGUUAAGUAGAUAUCCAGAUGAAUUGAUCUCAGGAAGAACUAAAAAUACUUAUUACUUUGUCUCAAGAUUAACAACAAAUCAAAAAUUUAAUGAUGCUGAAAUGGGAGAUAGAGUUCUAGCUAUUUGGCAUUAUGAUACUGGCUAUCAUUUCACUUCAUUAGAUAAAGCUUCUCGUAAUCCUAAUGUUAAUCAAAAUAUACCUACUGGAGAUAUUGAAGGUUUAUGGAGCUAUGUUUACUUUUCAUACAGUGGAAGAUUAAAAAAGUCUGUUGCUUUAUUGAAGUUUGGAUCUAGUGGAAAAGUACAAUAAAUCACUCUUGAUGUUACUCAUGAUAUUCCUACUUAUUUAAGAUUGGUAGUCGGAGGUAAAUAAUUUAGCUAUCCUGGAUUUAAUGGUUAAUUCACUAACCCUGUCUUUAAGAUUGGCGAGGGAGCUUAUGUUAAUUCAGAAUUAGAAUUAUUCGAUUACAGUCUUAAAUGCAAUCCAUAUCCUAAAUUAGACUGUACUGAAAGAUCUAAAUAAACUCUCAUUCAUAAAGCUGUUAGAUACAAUGUUAAAACUGCUAAAGUGCAAACAGUCAAAACUACACUCGAAACUCCAUUCCCUGAGGAAUAUUCAGUUAGUGGUUGGUUUAAAUGGAAGUAAUUAGAGAAACAAGAACCAUGGCAUUUAAUGUUCAGAGUAUUUGCUACAAAAGAAAAUAAUAAUGCAAAAAAUUUAGGCGAUAGAGAUUUAGCAGCUUGGAUUGGUACUGCAAACGAUGGAAUUGUUUUGCUGGCUACUUAUUCAUAUAAUAAUUUAUUUGGAGAAGGAAAUCCUAAUGUUAUGAAUUAAAUUUAACAUAAAAAUAGAAUUUAAGAAUGGACAUUUGUAUAUUUCGGAUAUUCAUUUAAAUAAAAGACUGCUCAUUCAAUAGUUCAUUUUAAGGAGGCUAGAGAGGAAAGAACAUUUGAGAAUGUUAACCAUUUCUUAGUCCAAAGAUUCUCAAUAAAUUUGGGUAAGGAUGAUCAUUAUCCUUCUUGGAAUGGUAUAAUAGGAAAAUUCAGAAUUGAUUUAUGUAAUGGAGCUUAUGAUCCAAAAUUCCCAAGAACUGCAACUCCAGUUCCGAGUCCAUCACCAUUAGGUCCCACUCCACCUCCUUCUAAGAGUGUUGAACCUCCCCCUAAGACUCCAACAAUAAAACCACCUCCAAAACCACCUGUUAAGCCUCCUUCACCAGAUGUGAUAGUAUCACCACCUCCUCCAAUAAUAAAGACACCAGAGGUUAUGCAAAAAUGUAUUGAAGGCCAAAAAGCAAUAGGAGAUUCAUCUUCUGCAGCAGAUGUCAAACCAGUAGCAGAUAUUUAGGUUCCAGAAGAAGCUUUAAAAGAUGUAACCGAAUAUGGUUAUGGAUUUUGGAGUAGAUGGUUGACAAGACAUCCAUAAUAAUUAUUUGAGGGUAUGAGUGAGCCAUGGUAUUUUGUUUCAAGAUUGACAUCAAAUGAUCCAUAUGACAACAUAAAAAUGGGAGAUAGAUUAUUGGCAAUAUUCCUAAGUAAAGAUGGAUACACAUUCAUAACAAAUGACAAAGGAACAUCAAAUCCAAAUUUGUAUAAGUAAUAACCAUACAAAGACAUAGAAGGUGUAUGGACAUACAUUCAUUUCAGUUUCAGUCCAUUGAAAAAGAAAGCAAUGGCUUUUGUUCAUGCUAACAAAUAGACAUAAUAAUUAGAAUUUGGAGGAAUAACUCAUGAAGCUCCAAAGAAAUUAAGAUUCGUUUUGGGAGGUAAUGAUCUAAAAUUGUAUCCUGGAUUCAAUGGUUAAUUCACUAGGCCAGUUUUGAAGAUAGGACCAGGUUCAUUCAUAGGUUCACCAGAAGAUGUUUAAAAGUAUGCAUUGUCUUGCAACCCAUUACCAGAACCUGAUUGCAAUAAAGGAAGAGGAGUGAGCAGCUUGAUUGAAUCUACCAAACAAUUUAAUAAGGAAAGUGAAGUCACAAUGUUUGUUGCUGAUAAUGAACGCCCAUUCCCAGAUAAUUAUGCAAUUGGAGGUUGGUUCUUAUGGACACCAACUUAAUAAGAAGAAUGGCAUUUAGCUUUUAGAGUUACAAUAAAUGGAUAAAAACAUAAUAAGAAUGAUUAAUUGUUAGGUGACAGAGAUCUUUCAACUUUUUUGAGUAAAACAGGAGCAUAUCACUUUGCUACUUACACAUAUGAUGAUAAUUUUGGGAAGGGUAAUCCUAACAAGUACAUAAAUACUGAACAUUAAAAUAAACAUACAGAAUGGCAUUACAUAUAUAUGGCCUAUUCCAAAUAGUAAAAGAGGGUAUUGAGCAUAUUAUUCACAAAAGGGGAUAGAUAAGUUAAAUACAUUGAUGAAGUUAACCAUUAUUUAGCUCCAUUAUAUAAGAUUUUCUUAGGAAAAGAUUAGUUCUAUCCUGCCUAUAGUGGUUAUUUGGCUAAUGUAUAAUUCUUUGCUUGUGAAAAUGCUUACGAUCCUGAAUUCAAACCACCUGGAGAACCAGAAGUUCCAAAACAACCUGAAAUACCAGUAAAGCCACCUGAGCCAUAAAAAGAACCAACUUGUUAGAAAGGUGAUUCUGCAAUUGCUGAUAGCGCAUUUGAAUCUUAACAGCCAUUGAUUAACUUAGUAUUAGACAAACCAGAAUAAUUAUAAGAUGUCAAAGAAUAUGGAUAUCAAUUCUGGAUGAGAUUUAUGACACGCCAUCCUGUUCCUAUGUAUCAAGGUAAAAAAGCUCCAUGGUAUUUUGUAUCCAGAUUGUCAAGCAAUAAGAAUUUUGAAGAUGUUAAAAAAGGUGAUAGAUUAUUGGCAAUCUAUUAAGCUUAAGGAGAUUAUGCAUUUAUCACUAAUGAUCAUAAGACUAAUAAUUUCAAUACUAUUGUUGGUCGUCCAUCAUUUGUUGGUGAUAUUGAAGCUACUUGGACUUUUAUUCAUUUCUCAUAUACAUCUGUUGGUAAAGUGGUGGCAUGGAUUCAAUAUGAAAAUAAAGAGCCAUAAACUGUUUCUGUUGCUGCUACUCAUGAUAAACCUGAUUAUUUACAAUUUGUUCUUGGUGGUACUCAAGGAUCUCUCUAUCCAGGAUUCAAUGGUUAAUUCACUUCUGCUGUUAUUAAAGUUGGAUAAGGUUCUUUUGUUGAGACUGUUGAACAAUUCCGUAAGUUUGCACUUUCAUGUAAUCCUUAACCAUUACCUGUUUGUAAUAAAGCAAAGGAAGUCUUAUUGAUUGAAAAAUCUAAACGAUUUGAAGCUUAAACUAGUGAAGUUAAUGAAAUAGUAUCACCAGAUGAAUAAGCAUUCCCAGAUGAAUAUUCUAUUAGUGGAUGGUUCAAAUGGAGACCCACUGUAAUGGAACCAUGGCAUUUAGCUAUUCGUCUUCAUUAAAAUAAAGGUAUGGAAAAUGCAAACGCUGCAAAAUUGGGAGAUAGAACAUUAGGAGCAUUUAUAGGAAACAAUGGAAACUAUGCUGUUACUACUUAUACAUAUACUAAUUUGAAUGGAGAAGGUGAUCCCAAUAAGUAUGUUCAAGUACCAUACAAAGAUCAAUUAGCCUAAUGGCAUUUUAUAUUCCUUGGAUAUAGUAGAGCCAAAAGAUAAGUGACAGGUUUCUUAUAAUGGAAAGAGAGAAAAGAAAAUGUCAAUAUGGACAAUAUUAAUCAUUAUAUUACCAAUUCUGUAUUUGUUAACAUAGGUAAAGACAGAUUCUAUCCUGCAUUCAAUGGACAUAUUGGAGGACUAAGAUUAUAAUUAUGCAGUGGAGCAUUUACUCCUGUCUUCCCAGAAGAUCCUAAACCACCUUAAGUACCGUCUACACCACCACCUAAACCAGAAGAACCUGUUUAGCCACCAAAACCAUAAGAACCUGAAAUCGUCAGAAAAUGUGUUAGUGGAUAAGUUCAAAUCGGAGAUAUGCCUUCUAAUGGUGAUAAAGUUGUCGAUCUCAAAGUUCCUGAAGAUAAAUUAGGUAGUGCUAUUGAAUAUGGGUAUGGAUUCUGGACGAGAUGGCUUACUAGAUGGCCUGAUAGUCUUCUUAAAGGUGCCAGCGAACCAUGGUAUUUCAUCUCAAGAUUAACUAAUAAUGAUCCAUAUGAUAACAUCAGAAUGGGAGAUAGAUUGUUAGCUAUUUGGUUAGGUCAAGCUGGAUAUACAUUUAUUACUAAUGAUGUAGCAUCAGGUAAUCCAAAUAUUAAUAAAUAAAUUCCUUAUAGUGAUAUUGAAGGUGUAUGGACUUAUAUUCAUUUUAGUUAUAAAUAAGGAUAAGCUGUUGGUAUUGUUAGAGUUGCAGAUAAAACAUAAUUCACAGUAAUUGAUGCAAAACAUGAAUAGCCUAAAUUCCUCAGAUUGAUUGUUGGUGGUUCUGAUCUUAAAUAAUAUCCAGGAUUUAAUGGUCAAAUAUCAUCACCAAUACUUAAGUUAGGGGCAGGUUCAUUUGUUAAUACUGAAGAUGAUUUCAAUAAAUUUGUAUUAGCAUGCAAUCCAAGACCAGAACCAGAUUGUAAGGGUAAAAGCGAAAGCAAAUUGAUUGAUGGAAUAAAGAAAUACGAAUCAACUCAACCAGAGUUCUAUGAACAUGUUAGAGAUGAGAAAGCACCUUUCCCAACUAUGUAUGGCAUAGGUGGUUGGUAUAAAUGGGAACCAACAAAACAGGAACCAUGGCACUUAGCAUUUAGAAUUACAAUAAAUGAUUAAAAGAGCAAUAAGAAUGCAGAUUUAUUGGGAGACAGAACAUUAGCAGUUUGGUUAAGCGAUCAGUAAUUAUAUGCAUUUGCCACUUAUACAUAUACAAACAUGUUCGGAGCAGGUUAACCAAACGUAGCAUAGAUUAUAAAGCAUUAAAAUAAGCAUACAGAAUGGCAUUAUAUAACAUUUUAAUACAACAGAGAGACAAGAGAAGCAUAUGGUUAAACAAUAUUUAAGGAUGGCAAGCAGGAUGUGAAAUUCCCAAAUAUAAAUCAUUACUUGGUUCCAAUUUUGAGAAUAUUAAUAGGAAAGGAUCAAUUUUACCCAGGUUUUAAUGGAUACAUAGCAGAUGUGACAUUUGUUAAUUGUUAAGAUCCAUUCAAUCCUUAAUAUACUCCAGGAAAUCCACCUGAAUUACCAAAACCUCCAGUUAUUCCAGUAGAACCACCUUAACCACUACCCGAACCAAAAUGUUAGAUGGGAGAUGAGACAAUAGUGGAUUCAGCUUAUGAUGAUGUGAAACCUUUAGCUGAUAUUGAAGCUACACCAGAGAAUUUGAAGGAUAUCAGAGAAUAUGGUUAUUCUUAUUGGGUUAGAUAUAUGAGUAGACAUCCUAAACCAAUGUAUUAGGGUAAGAGUGAACCAUGGUAUUUCAUGAGUAGAUUGACAGUGAAUAAGGAGUAUUAGAAUGUUGAAAAGGGAGAUAGAUUAUUGGCAAUCUGGUAAGGAUAAGGAGCAUACACUUUUAUUACAAAUGAUUAUAAGAGUAAUAAUUGGAAUUUCAAUAAAAAUAUAGAAUAUGGAGAUAUCGAAGGUGUUUGGACUUAUAUUUAUUUUAGUUACAGCAGUAUAACUAGUCAAGCAGUAGGUUUUGUUAAAUACACAGGAAAAGAACCAUAAUCAGUAACAUUUGAUGUAACUCAUGACAAACCAACAUAUUUAAGACUCAUUAUUGGAGGAUCAGAUUUAAAAUUGUAUCCAACUAUCAAUGGUUAAUUAACAAGAGCAGUAUUCAAGAUUGGUGCAGGUGCUCAUCUUGAUACUGUUGAUGAAUUGAAUAAGUUUGCUUUGGCUUGUAAUCCUCAACCAAAAGAAGUAUGUUCUAAAGCAGUUGAAUAAGUUCUUAUUCAAGAAUCCAAGAAGUUUGAAGUUGCCAAAGCUACAGUAUUAGAAAUUCCAUCUGAUCCAGCAGCUGCUUUUCCAUCUGAAUAUAGUGUAUCUGGUUGGUUCAAGUGGAAAUAAACAACCAUGGAAUAAUGGCAUUUAGCUUUUCGUCUCCAUAUUAACAAAGAGGAGACUAAUAAAAAUGCUGAAAGAUUGGGAGAUAGAACUUUGGCUGCUUGGGUUUCACCAGCAUAAGAUGGCAUUUAUGCAUUUACUACUUAUUCUUACAAGAAUCUAAAUGGAGCUGGAGAUCCAAAUCUUGCCAAAAUUGUUCCAUAAAAACAACAAUAAACUAAUUGGCAUUUCAUAUUCUAUGCAUAUAACAGAGAUACCAGAAAAGUAGAAGGAUAUAUUCAAUUUAAAGAUAGAAAAGAAACCAUACUCUUUGAAAAUGUCAACCAUUAUUUAGUACCCUAAGUCUACUUGAAUAUUGGUAAAGAUCGUUUCUAUCCUUCAUGGAAUGGCCAUAUUGGUAAAUUCAGAAUGAAUCUAUGUGGUGGAGCCUCUAGACCUGUCUUCCCUGAAGGUAUUAUAUUAUUUAUAUCUUUCUCUUAGAUAUCAAUGUUCCUCCUCCUGUUACUCCGACUCCUAAACCACCUGUUUCUGAAACUAAAGAGUAUUUUAUUCAUUUAUUCUAGAAUCUGCCUUAUCAAUACAAAACUUGUCGAAGUUACCAAGAAUAAUGUCAAAGAUGUUAUCAAAGAACUUGAAUCUCUUGAAAACUCAGAACCUACUGAAAAGAUAUGUUAUUGCACUCUCCCCAAGAAAGCUUCAAUGUUCAUUGAAUUGUAUGGAGAAGAAUUAUCCAAUCAUAUUGAUAACCCUGUCAUCUAAAGAUUGAUAUCUCAAAAUUAGGUGCGUUUGAGGAUAUGAUUUAUCAAAUUAUG